AUGAAAGUUAAAUUUACUCGUAAAGCAUCAAUUUUUAGUUUUCCCUCAUUAAAUAUUGUCAAUGGGAUGCCCGUUCCGCAGGUCGAUCGAAAACGCUUACUGAAACAAAUUGAUUUAGCAGAGCAAUAUCAAAAAGUGAUCAAUAGUGAUCGUUGCUCGAACAAAUCCGAUUGCAUUACAGAUUGCACCACUUUCGGCCUUAGUGAUCCUAAAUGUCCAGAACAUCAAUCCAAGUGUACUCAAGCACAUACUUCAGAUUGUCCCAACUGUAUUAAUAUUAGUCGGACACUUGAUGUGAUUGGGGAAAUGAUCAAAAAAAUUAGCAACGAAGAGUUCAAGCGUGAGAGUAAGUACGACUUUGAUAACUCAUCUGAACACAUCAUAGAGUGGUCUCGCCAUAAUAUUCGUAGUGCUCGGGGAAAUGAGGCAAAGAACCAGACUAUUGCUCAAAUGGGAGAUGAUGAAGCCUUCUGUACAUUCGACUGGGGUCAAAAAAUAUUACCUCAAGAAUUUAGGGAGAAGCAAAGUAUAUAUUUUGGAAAGAAAGGGAUGCCUGUACUUGUCGGCUCAUUUGUCUGA